CUACCGAUAACCAUUGGGUCCGACGUGGCAUAUGGUCGCACCCCUCCGCGCAGCCCGCAUCGUCGCAAUUGAAGCCCAUGGCCCCAAACCAUGCGCGCACUUCACUAGACGUUCUACAUCCGCACGCCGGGCCCCAGCGCAAGCUUUAGUGAUCCGCGCGCCGCUCGCUCGCUCUCACUGGCAAGACAGCCCCAUCUGCACCUCGACCCCCUCGACCUGCCGGACGCAGCCACGCUGCAAAAGUAAGCAUGGCUUCGUCGUCGGUCGACGCUCAUUCGCAGCCGCGACGGCCGCCUCCAAUGGCCCGCCAGUCGUCCACGUCGUCGCAGCGCUCGCACUCACCCUCGGAAUCCACCCAGCACAAAGCAAAGGGCCCGCGCCAGCACGUCGUCGGCGGCAGCAGUCGCGUGCAGCGCAAUCACUCGGUCGGCAAAAACCUCAACAAGCUCAGUAAGCAGGUCCAGGCGCCUGGCAACGACGGAAACGCCGUGAAGCACCACCGUCGCGUGCACUCUGGCAACUCGACCUCCGCGCCCAGCAGCCCGCGCCCCGGGAUCAAGCGCAAUGCGUCCGCCGGCGCAGUGCUGAGAGUCGGCAAGCACGGCCACACGGUCAGCGGCAUCCGCAAGAACCACUCCAGCGGCCACCUACCGCGGGAGUCCGGCUCGCGACCGGCCCUCAAGGCCUCAAAGAGCGAGAUAGCACCGCCGAAGCGUUCCCUGAUCAAUCCGGGCAAGGCCCGAGAGCCCUCGUCGGACGACGAGCAUCCGACUGUGCAUUUCGACGUAGCAGACGAGGAGGAGGGACAAGACGACGGCUGGACCGAGGAGAGCGCGUCCCAAUCACCCACCACCACAAGGUCCAACACCCGCUCCAACUCUGUAGUGCUGGAUCCGCAUAGGCCGACUGAAGACAGGCCAGCCGAUAAAAUGGGAGGCAUAUCACGGGCAGAGGCAAGUAGCCAGCAGGCCUCGGUUGCAUCCAGCAUGUCUACUCGGGCUCUACCAGACCGAACGCAGCAACAACCACGCUCGGCGAACGGCAGCAGCUCUCACCAUCAUUCACACUCCCGGCCGGCCGAUGCAGACAUGAUUACCUCGCGGUUACUGCAACGAAGUUCUCACCACAACCCUGCACCGCAAAUGUCCGCCAUUGCUGCGACUGUGGUAUCGAACCACCACGAGCCGCGCGAGUUGAGUCAGAGCGCAGGCUCGACGUUGGUGGACACCCCAGGGAGGGAGCUCGUUUCGCGUUUCAUUGAUGGUGAUGGGUCGGCCGGCACGCCAAACAGCAGCUUUUUGCCGUCGCGAAACACCCCACAAACAUCGGGUUCAGGCAACGGGAACCUCAAGAGAAACAGGUCCAUGCCUGAUGUUGCAGAUGAAGAGACACCAACGCGAACCCCACGCAGAUCCGGCACUAGCACACCCACAGACCUGCCGCCGUCACGAACACAGCAGAAGCUAAUGCUCCAGCGUGCAUCCUCGGCCAUUGAGCCGCAAAAGCUGAUACCUUCAAUCUUACCGAGGACGGGUGGACCCACACCUCUCUACACGGGGAUGACUUACACUACCAACGGCGAAGGUCGUUUAGAUCCUCGUCUGCAACAGCAGUUUAACCACGUUUCCGUGGAAUACAACGUGGUGCGAAGGUACCGCAAUCCGCUUGUUGAAGCCAUUGUCCGGAUUGAACAGAUGCCCGGGACACCACGCAAGUCUCGCGUGCCGAAGUCGGCCAGCACAAAUGGGUUCUCGAGUGUGCACGGCAGUAGCAGCCUGAGCACGAGUCACAACGAUGAAGUAGACGACUUAGGCAGCCGGAGGUCGCGAGUCAGCUUUGAAAACGGCCGCAACAGUCGUGAGGAAGGCGAUGUCGAAGGCAGGCAAAGCUUCGAGAGUGACAACGGCAGGAUCCGUAACGAAGUAGAAGAACUGUGUCGACGGCUGUGGGAAAGCAGCGAGGCUGCAGAGCACGACUGAGCGGCACACACGUGGCGAGGUACGACGGUCACCGACAAAGUGAGUUGUCUUUCGCAUCACCUAAUGGAUUGCCCUUUUCGUAUUCUUGCGUGCGCCUAUUGUCGGCGUUCCUCAGGCGCAUGGUAUGGCAUAUUGUGGAUCAUGAGUUGGGCAGCAGGAUGGAGGCUGUGGAUACUGGAUUGCCACGGCGCAUUCCAGGCCAGCUCGGCACACAACAUUCUGGACGCAUUGUAUCAUAUUCGCUACAACGGCCAACCACUCUAAAGGGCCUAGCAUAGAAACAGCGCGCGCGUGCAGUGCUCUCCUCGAGCGGCGCUCAUGUCGGCGCAUUCACUGGUACGGGUUGAGGCCGCAAUUAAGGGCCGGGGAUUGGGGUAUAGCCAAUGAAAUGAAGAACAAGGCCGGUUCAAC